CUCUACUACUGAGAAAUUGAAAUACGGGCAGAGCACCAUGGACUCCGACUUCGCCCUUCUCCAAUCCAUCCGCCGAUUUCUUCUAGAAGACGAUGACGAUUUCCCGGAGAAUUUAACCGCGAGCAGUGCCGGCGAUGCUCCUAUGAGUUCAUUCGGUUUCGGCAGCACCAAUGCGGCUCCAAUAUUGGAGAGCUCUGAAUCUGACUCUUGGGGUUCUGUCAGUUCGGCGGCGAGUUCCUGGUUGGCAAAUGCGGAACAGGUGACGACAUUGCGCCCGGCCCGUGGAAGGGCACGUGGAUCACACGCGCCGCCGGAGAGGAGGCAGUAUAGGGGAGUGAGGAGGAGGCCGUGGGGGACGUACGCGGCGGAGAUAAGGGAUCCGGCGAAGAACGGCGACAGAGUGUGGCUGGGCACUUACCGGACGGCGGAGGACGCCGCCCUGGCUUACGACCGAGCCGCUUUCAGAAUUCGGGGCUCCCGUGCUUUGCUCAAUUUUCCACUCCUGAUAGGCUCCGAUGCACCGGAGCUGGUGAGGGUGACCCCGAAGCGCCGGUCGCUGGAUUCUUCAUUGUCACCGUCGUCGUCUUCUUCAUCUUCAUCGCUUUCGUGUUCCUCUGGCAAUGGGUCUCUGAAGCACAGAAAGCUGGGAGUGGCAGAGUCAUCAGUUGGCAAAGAAAGUACAUUAAUGGAGUCGAAUUGUGUUUGCGUUGAUUCUAAUGAAAUCGCAUUUGCAGAAGAUGAUGAGUUUAGUCAAUGGUUGAUUAAUUAAAUUUUAAGACAUUUAAUUAUGAUCCCCCCUUGAUGUUUAGCUUUAGGAUGGAGUUUGAUUAAUGGGGGUUUAAUUAGGUGACUUAGUUCUUAAUAUUAUUGUAAAUAUUCAACUUUCUUAGUAAAAGUUUUUUAUUUUUUACAUUUUAGUAAAAAAUAAAAUAAUAUUUUAUU